UUAGAUAGAAAGAGAAGAAAGGAACGGGGAAGAGUUUUCUUGUCACAGCGUACACCAGCUUUAUUCAUCGAUCGAGUGAUAAAAUAUCGGAGGGGAAGACCAGAAUGGGAAGUGAUCCGGCACAGAUUCCAACGAGCUUCGGGCAUGAGCUGAGGGCUUGCCUUCGUUGCCGCCUCGUCAAAACCUACGACCAGUUUCGGGAAUCGGGGUGCGAGAACUGUCCUUUCUUUAAGAUGGACGAGGAUAACGAACGUGUCGUUGAUUGCACCACUCCUAAUUUUACUGGGAUAAUCUCGGUCAUGGAGCCAAGUAGAAGUUGGGCUGCUCGGUGGCUGCGAAUUGGUAUGGAAAAUUUGUCCCUGGUUGUUACACUCUUGCAGUCUCAGAGGCCCUUCCAGAGGACCUGCAGAAUUUAUGUGAAGAUGAGCACGUGCAAUAUGCGCCACCAAAACGUAUAUGAAUGUGGAAAGUAUCUGAAAUUUGAACAUUUGAUGUAACCAAAUCCUUGUUGCAAGACCCAGGACCAAAAAACGUUGAAGCGUUCUUCUGCAUCCUUCUACAUAUGCGAUAGGAUUUAAUCCUUUUUUGUUGUCUUUCCUCUUUUUUUUUUUUUUUUUUGUUUGGUUGUCUUUGAUUAGCUUGCGUGGAAGUUUUGGUUCUUAUAAGAGCAGACAAAAGAAGGAAAAAAGAUAUAGAAAGAAAUGACCUGGCCUUUAUCCACGAGGCUUUAUAACGACUUAAAAGAGACAGAAAUUCAUGUAAUUGAUAUAUUUUUAGGCAUUGCAAAACUCUUCAUCA